GGAGGUGGGUAAGCGCGCGCACCGCCCGUCCGUCGUGGUUUCCUGGCUGCGCGCGGCGGUGGCGGAGUGGCUGCAGCUGUAGCAGCAGCCGCGAAGAUGGCGGAGGGGUUGGAGCGUGUCCGGAUCUCCGCGUCGGAGCUGCGAGGGAUUCUGGCUGCUCUGGCUCCGCAGGCCGGGAGCAGAGAAAACAUGAAGGAGCCCAGGCAGCGCAGAGAUAACCGGCGCCCAGAUCUGGAAAUCUAUAAGCCUGGUCUUUCCCGAUUGAGGAACAAACCUAAAAUCAAGGAACCUUCUGGGAGUGACGAAUUUAAGGAUGAAAUUAUUAACGACAGGGAUUCCUCUGCUGUUGGAAAUGGUACACAGGUCAUUAAAGAUGUCUGCAAGGAACUGGAUAACCAACAUCAAAAUGGUCCUGUAGACCCAGAAAAUAUUGGGGCACAGGAGUCCUUUCCUAGCACUUCUGGACAAGAGGAUCGAAGUCUAAGAAUUAUCAAGAGAACAAAGAAACCUGACAUGCAGAUCUACCAGCCUGGAAGGCGUUUGCAGACUCUUACCAAAGAAUCGACUAGCAGAGUGGGUGAGGAAGAAAUCCUCAACCAGGUGGAGCAAUUGAGAGUAGAAGAAGAUGAGUAUAGGGGAAAUGUGAAAGAGGAGGUCAUGAAUAAACCAGACAAAGAAGAGGCAGAAAAAGGCCUAAAUGGUGACAGAAUAAGGGCUGCAAAGGGAGAAAAAGGAAAGAGGAUUGAGAAGGGGGAGGGGAUAAAGAAAGUGACCGAUGACCUGGCACAGGGGAAGCCGGGUUCAGCAAAGCGCUACUCCCGCUCAGACAAACGAAGGAACCGCUACCGCACUUGUAGUACCAGCUCGGCUGGCAGCAACAACAGCGCUGAGGGGGCUGGCCUGACUGAUAGUGGAUGUCGCCGCCGCCGACAGGAUCGGACCAAGGAGAGGCCACGACUGAAGAAGCAAGUAUCUAUGUCCUCAACUGACUCUUUAGAUGAGGACGGAAUCGAUGAGCCCGAUGGGCCCAGGAGGAGCUCGGAAAGGAAGAAACAUUUAGAAAGAAGCUGGUCUGGCCGUGGGGAGGGAGAGCAGAAAAUUAAUGGGAAAGAAAAUCGAGGCACUCUUCGUGUCACUUUUGAUGCAGAAACCAUGAACAAAGAUUCCCCCUUCGUGAGAUCAGCCAGGGAGGAUGUGGAUAGGAUAAAGCUUGACAAAGGCCUGAGCAGUGGGGGCAAAGGCUCAGAGAAGCAGGAGUCCAAAAACCUGAAACAAGAACUUCGAGGCCGUGGUCGUGGCAUUCUGAUUCUGCCUGCACAUACCACCCUAUCUGUCAGUUCAGCCGGUUCUCCAGAAUCUGCACCUUUGGGACCUCGGCUUUUAUUUGGAUCUGGUAGUAAGGGAUCUCGGAGUUGGGGCCGAGGAGGCACCACUCGACGAUUAUGGGACCCAAACAAUCCUGAUCAGAAACCUGCUCUAAAGAGCCAGACGCCCCAGCUACAUUUCUUAGACACUGAUGAUGAAGUCAGCCCUACCUCUUGGGGUGAUUCCCGCCAAGCCCAAGCAUCUUACUAUAAGUUUCAAAACUCUGACAACCCCUAUUAUUACCCCCGGACACCAGGCCCUGCCUCUCAGUAUCCUUAUACGGGCUAUAGCCCUCUGCAGUACCCUGUGGGCCCUACAAAUGGUGUGUACCCCGGGCCUUACUACCCAGGCUACCCAACUGCAUCAGGACAGUAUGUCUGUGGCCCCCUCCCUGCCAGCACCAUGAGUCCUGAGGAGAUGGAACAGCACAUGAGGAACAUGCAGCAGCAGGAGCUACAUAGGCUUCUCCGGGUGGCUGACAACCAGGAACUGCAGCUCAGCAACCUGCUCUCCAGGGACCGCAUCAGCCCUGAGGGUCUGGAGAAGAUGACCCAGCUCAGAGCUGAACUGCUGCAGCUAUAUGAGCGCUGUAUCCUAUUAGAUAUUGAGUUCUCUGAUAAUCAGAAUGUGGAUCAGAUCCUGUGGAAGAAUGCUUUCUAUCAGGUGAUUGAGAAGUUCAGGCAGCUUCUCAAGGAUCCAAAUGUUGAGAACCCCGAACAGAUUCGGAACAGACUUUUGGAGCUCUUGGAUGAGGGUAGUGACUUCUUUGAUAGUUUGCUUCAGAAGCUGCAGGUUACUUACAAGUUCAAACUGGAGGACUACAUGGAUGGUCUUGCCAUUCGCAGCAAGCCAUUACGCAAGACAGUAAGCCAGCUUCUUUAUCUUAAAUUUAAUCAUCCAUUUAGUAAGCAUUUGUCUAGUGUUAUGUGCUAGGCACUAUGCUAAGUGUUGAG